AGACUGCAGCUUCUUUUGUUCAAAUCAAUCAAACCGGAGACGGACAGAGAGCUGCUGAAUCAGGAAAUCGCCGCUUCUGGUUGAACGAUGCCACGUAAGAAGGUGACAGAUGUCUCAGGGAACGGUGGGAUGAAAAAGAAGAGGGCCAGUGGCAAAAGGAAAGAGAGGGACUUCAGCAGCGACGACGAGUUCGACUUCGAGCAGGAGAACAACAAGAAACCUGGCAAACCCGCUGCCAAGUCCGGCCUGCAGCCCGUCACCGUCGCAGAUGAUGUCAAAGAGAAAAUAAAACUCGAUUGCCCAAAGGUAAAAGGUCAACUGCUCAUCUUUGGAGCCACCAAUUGGGAUCUGAUUGGAAGAAAGGAGGUGCCCAAGCAACAAGCUGCGUUUCGCAACCUGGGUCAGAAUCUGUGGGGUCCUCACCGCUACGGCUGCCUGAAUGAUGUCCAGGUCAGCUGCGUGGUGUCUGGUCCCUGUGCUGCCCACAGUCUCCUCAUGACCACUGAGGGCAAGCUGUGGAGCUGGGGUCGUAAUGACAAAGGUCAGCUGGGACACGGCGACACCAAGCGUCUGGAGGCUCCUAAGCUAAUCGAGGCUUUGGCAGAGCAUGUGAUUGUUUCUGCAGCCUGUGGACGCAAUCACACCCUGGCACUCACAGAGGAUGGCAGUGUCUACUCUUUUGGUGAGAACAAGUUGGGCCAGCUCGGCCAAGGCAACCAGACUGAUGCAGUCCUGAGCCCAGCACCGAUUUCCUACAACGGCCAGCCCUUGGUGAAGGUAGCCUGCGGUGCCGAGUUCAGCAUGGUUGUGGACUGCAAAGGAAACCUGUACUCCUUCGGCUGCCCCGAGUACGGACAGCUAGGUCACAACAGUGACGGGAAGUUCAUAGCUCGCGCCCAGCGCAUCGAGUUUGACUGUGAGCUCAUCCCUCGUCGUGUUGCCAUCUUCAUUGAGAAGUCUAAGGAUGGCCAGGUCAUCCCUGUGCCCAACGUGGUGGUCAGAGAUGUGGCCUGUGGCGCCAACCACACGCUGGUCCUGGACUCUCAGAAGCGAGUGUUCAGCUGGGGUUUCGGUGGUUACGGGCGUCUGGGUCACACAGAGCAGAAGGACGAGAUGGUUCCCCGACUGGUUAAACUUUUUGACUUCCCUGGACGAGGUGCCAGUAUGAUCUAUACGGGAUACCAGUGCUCAUUCGCCGUCAGUGAGAUGGGGGGCCUGUUUUUCUGGGGAGUGACAAACACUUCCAGAGAGUCAACCAUGUACCCCAAAGCUGUGCAGGAUCUGUGUGGCUGGAAGAUCCGCAGCCUGGCAUGUGGGAAGAGCAGCAUCAUCAUUGCUGCAGAUGAGAGUACGAUCAGCUGGGGCCCUUCACCCACAUUUGGAGAGCUGGGAUACGGAGACAACAAACCCAAAUCCUCCACCACCGCCCAAGAGGUUAAGACUUUGGAUGGCGUCUACGUUGAGCAGGUGGUGAUGGGCUACUCUCACUCUCUGGUAAUCGCCAGACAGGACACUCAGCAGGAAGAGGAGAAGCUGAAAAAGCUUCCCGAGUACAACCCCCGAACAAUCUGAGCGGCCCUCCAGCAGCGACACCUCAACCCGUUUCACUGGAGCAGAGACCGGCGAUGCUGAGCAGGAACACCACGCCUGUUCGGUCACUGCUGGUCACAGCGGUGUACUGGUGAGAUGGUUGAGUUCGGGGGGAGGCGCUCUCAAGUCUGCAGGAUAUCCGCACAUCUCAACUACUGGCAAACUGGCUCCACACCAAUUUGGACACUGAAAUCAGAGAAGAUGAGGCUGGAGACGGACAGAUGCUCUGGAUGGUCCAGCUCUCACAAUAAAAGGUCAAGAUAUCGUCACUUCCCACCUCGAGUGAACCUGUAGCAGUUUGCUCCCAGAACUUCACACCUAGCAGAGUCGUGCUUCCCCAAACCCCCCUUUUCCAUUUUGUAAUACAGUCAAACAUUCAUGUCUUCACAUCACGUUCUGUUGUUUUCUUCAUUGCAGUAUUUGAAAUGAUAGUUGUUUGUCACAUUUACGGGUGCUACAGCAGGACCCUCAGUCUUUUCCUACUGGGAGGUUUUCAAAGACCAACACUCCAUACCUGUGCCUUUUUCUACGUGUAUGGACGUCUUCUUUGUGUUGUUCAGAGGAUCAGUUGAUCAGUCUGAUUUUAGUUUAUUUGGCAGUGUUACUAUGUGUGUGAAUCUGCCACAGAUUACAAUCAGGAAUUGGAACAUGAUGUUCUGAGUUAGUGCACUCCACUCAAGGUUACAUUCCUUUUGUUAUUGUUCAGUGUUUGCAUCGAGGAUGCACACCUCAGUCCUUCCAAGACCACAGUGUCUGCUAGCUCUUACCUUUGCUAAUUUGAUUAAUUCCGACUAUUCCAACGCUCAAAGCGGUUUCACAAGCAGUUCAGAACUUCUAGAACCAACAAUACACUGUCCGGCACUGGCUCGGUGCGUCAAAGUGUGUCGGAAACCAAGACGUGUUCUUGUUUUUCAAAAACAGCGAGGUGUUUUCCACUUAUCUGUACUGCAUUCUUUUUUUAUGGUGAAAUUUCUCUGGGUUACAUUGUUUUAUCAUAGAAAUGGUUAAAUAAAGAUUCAUGUAAAUUGA